AUGGAGAGUACUUAUUUUUGCUGGGACCUUUGUUUGUUUUUCAUCCUCAUAAAUACUUGUGGUGUGACGGGAAACGCUGGGUUUGCAGAUGCAGAUGAGUGCUCGGAGGCCACAGAUGACUGUCACAUCGACGCCCUCUGCCAGAACACUCCAAAGUCCUACAAGUGCAUCUGCAAGCCUGGCUACAAGGGGGACGGCAAACAGUGCGAAGACAUGGACGAGUGUGACAACGACUACACUGGUGGCUGCGUUCACGAGUGCAUCAACAUCCCGGGAAACUACAGGUGCACCUGCUACGACGGCUUCAUGCUGGCGGACGAUGGACACAACUGCCUGGAUGUGGAUGAGUGCCGGGACAACAACGGCGGGUGCCAGCAAGUCUGUGUCAACACCAUGGGCAGCUACGAGUGCCAGUGCACCAAGGGCUUCUUCCUGAGUGACAACCAGCACACCUGCAUCCACCGCUCCGAUGAUGGGAUGAACUGCAUGAACAAGGACCACGGCUGCGCACAUAUCUGCCGAGAGACGCCCAAGGGGGGCGUAGCCUGCGAGUGCAGACCUGGGUUCGAGCUGGCCAAAAACCAAAGAGACUGCACAUUGACGUGUAACUAUGGAAACGGGGGCUGCCAGCACACCUGCGAUGACACGGACUCUGGGCCUGUGUGCGGCUGCCAUCAAAAGUACGCCCUGGCCUCUGACAGCAGGACCUGUAUUGAGAGAGAUGAGGCUGCAAUUGAGAGCUCUGAGUUCAAUGCCACGUCAGUAGCUGAUGUGGACAAGCGGGUGAAACGGCGGCUACUCAUGGAAACCUGUGCAGUGAACAAUGGUGGAUGUGACAGGACAUGUAAGGACACGGCCACCGGGGUGCGCUGUAGCUGCCCUGUGGGAUUUACCCUGCAGCCGGAUGGGAAAACCUGCAAAGACAUUGACGAGUGCCAGGAGAACAACGGCGGCUGCGACCACUUCUGCAGGAACACGGUGGGCAGCUUUGAGUGCAGCUGUCAGAAAGGCCACAAGCUGCUGACCGACGAGCGUACCUGCCAGGACAUCGACGAGUGCUCUUUCGAAAGGACAUGCGACCACAUCUGUAUCAACUACCCGGGCAGCUUCGAGUGCGUGUGCGAGAGAGGCUACACGCUGUACGGAGUGACGCACUGUGGGGACGUUGACGAGUGCAGCAUCAACAACGGCAGCUGUGAGUAUGGCUGUCUGAACACACUGGGCAGCUACGAGUGUGUGUGUCCACUGGGUCAGAAGCUGCACUGGAACAAGAAGGACUGUGUUGAGGCGGUGAAGUGCCUCCCGAAUGGAAAGCCUGUCCCCAGAGCCCAGCUGAGCUGCGCCAAAACUGGCGGCGUGGAGGCCUGCUCUCUGUCCUGCCCUUCCAACGCCCUCUUCACCACAGAUUCAGAGAACAGCUACACCCUCAGCUGUGGGAUCCCAGUGCAGCCUGGGAAGGCACCCCAGAAGAGGAACACCACCACCACCCUACUUAGCUGUGCAGAUACCGUAGCAGCGCCCAUAAAGCAGAAAGCUCGUUUCAAGAUCAAAGACGCCAAGUGCCACCUUAGGCCCCGCAACAAGGAGAAGUACAAAGAUUCCUCCAGACAAACCCUGCAAGGGGGCCAGUUCCCCUGCACAGAUGAGUGCCAGGUGACGUUCGUCAACCUCAAGUGUGACUCCUCUAAGAAGCGUCGGCGGGGUCGGAAGUCUCCCUCCAAGGAGGUGUCCCACAUCACAGCAGAGUUUGAGAUGGAGAUGAAGGAGGAAGAAGCCUCAGACUCGUGUAACGUGGACUGCGUGAGGGAGAGGGUGAAGCAGAAGCUGCAGAUGGCCAUGCGGACCCUCAGGAAGUCCAUUAACAAGCAGCAGUUCUACAUCCACUUCUCGGGCACAGAGUACGAGGUGGCCCAGAAACCGGCCCGACUCCCCGAGAAUCAGGAGAUCUGCAGCACGGGCCAGGUCCUGCAGGAUGGCAAGUGUGCCAGCUGCAACGUGGGAACCUUCUACAGCGGCGAGCAGGAUCAGUGUGUGCAGUGCCCCCCCGGGACCUACCAGGACACGCCCGGGCAGCUCUCCUGCGAACCCUGCCCCAGCACCGACGGCCAGGGCGUCGCUGGCGCCAAGAACGUGUCCGAGUGCGGAGGUCAGUGUCCGCCGGGCCAGUACUCCUCAGAUGGGUUCCGCCCCUGCCAGCCAUGCCCCCUCGGGACGUUCCAGCCGGAGGCCGGGCGGGUGCUCUGUUUCCCCUGCGGAGGGGGGCUCAUGACCAAAUACGAGGGGGCCGUGUCCUUCAAGGACUGCGAAGCCAAAGUGCACUGUGCUCCCGGACACCACUACAACUCCACCACUCACCGCUGCAUCCGCUGCCCAGCCGGCACCUACCAGUCCGAGUUCAGCCAGAACUACUGCAUCACCUGCCCCGGGAACACCACCACGGACUUCGACGGAGCCACCAACGUCUCACACUGUAAAAAUCAGAUGUGUGGGGGUGAGCUGGGAGAGUACACCGGCUACAUCGAAUCGCCCAACUACCCGGGCGACUACCCGUCCAACGUGGACUGCGUGUGGAACAUCAACCCGCCGCCCAAGAGGCGCAUCCUCAUCGUCGUCCCGGAGAUCUUCCUGCCCAUCGAGGAUGAGUGUGGCGACGUGCUGGUGAUGAGGAAGAGCGCGCUACCCACCUCCAUCACCACCUAUGAAACGUGUCAAACCUACGAGAGGCCCAUCGCCUUCACCUCCAGGUCCCGCAAGCUGUGGAUCCAGUUCAAGUCCAACGAGGGCAACAGCGGAAAGGGCUUUCAGGUGCCCUACGUCACCUAUGAUGAGGACUACCAGCAGUUGAUAGAAGAUAUCGUUCGAGAUGGAAGGCUGUAUGCCUCAGAGAAUCACCAAGAAAUAUUAAAAGAUAAGAAGCUGAUCAAGGCACUCUUCGAUGUGUUGGCGCACCCUCAGAAGUACUUCCAGUACACGGCCAAGGACAUGUUCCCCAGGUCUUUCAUCAAACUGCUGCGCUCCAAAGUCUCCAGAUUUCUACGGCCGUACAAAUAG